AUUCAAGCUGCAAAAAUCCAAACCACACAUUUUAACACAUUCGACUAUAAAUUAGCCAAGACAUGGGGGAGCAACCGGUGAGAGUCUUGGCGUGUGGGGACGUUGAAGGCAGGUUGAACGCUCUUUUCAAUCGAGUCCAAACCAUCCAGAAGAAAACCGGACAGUUUGAUCUGUUGUUGUGUGUCGGAGAGUUUUUCGGGACGACGCCGGAGGCUGAAGCGGAGUGGCAGCAGUACAAAACUGGAGCUAAGAAAGUUCCCAUCCACACCUACAUCCUGGGAGCAGCGAGCCAGGAGACGGUGAAGAACUUCCCCGGCGCUGACGGCUGCGAGCUCGCCGAGAACAUCACGUACCUGGGUCGGCGAGGUGUGUUCACGGGCGUGUCGGGACUACAGAUCGCCUACGUCAGCGGGCGGGAGGCCCUGCAGGAACCGGCCCCGGCUCACUGCUUCACGGCCAAAGAUCUGUCGGCCCUCGUGGCUCCGCUGACCAGCAGCUCCAAGUUCAGAGGGGUCGACAUCCUGCUGACGUCACAGUGGCCCCGAGGAGUGUGGCACUACGCUAACAACCCGGAAGUGAACACUAAGUUCUGUGGAAGCAGCUCCGUUGCCAACCUCGCCGACAAGCUGAAGCCACGCUACCACUUCGCUGCACUAGAGGGCGCUCACUAUGAGAGACUCCCAUACAGAAAUCAUGUUGUUCUCCAGGAGAAUGCUCAGCACGUCAGCCGCUUCAUCGCCCUGGCAACCGUCAACAACCCCGCCAAGAAGAAGUAUCUGUACGCCUUCAACAUAAUCCCCAUGAAGACCAUGGAUCCAUCGGAGCUGGUGAAGCAGCCGCAGGACGUGACAGAAAACCCCUACAGACGCUCCACGAAAGACAAGACGGACACACUGAAGACGGGCUUCAGCACCGCAGAGGAGGAGGGGGAGGAGCAGCCCAGUCAGUUCUUCUUUGACCUGAGCAAGAAGCAGGGGGGGGGUCAUCGGGGCCGCGGCAGGAAGAGACACCCAGACGGAGACGGGCGAGGACGAGACCAGCAGCACGAUGGAGACGGACAUCAUCAGGGACAACCCAAACAGCCGCGCAGACACCCUCAGCCCACUGGUCCCUGCUGGUUCUGCUUGGCGAGUCCUCAGGUGGAGAAACACCUGGUCAUCAGCAUAGGAACACAUUGUUACCUGGCUCUGGCUAAAGGCGGACUGACUCCGCACCACAUGCUGAUCCUGCCCAUCGGUCACUACCAGUCCGUGGUGGACCUGAGCUCCGAGGUGGUGGAGGAGAUGGAGAAGUACAAGUCGGCCCUGAAGAGCUUCUACAGGAGCAAAGGAGAGCGCUGUGUUCUGUUCGAGAGGAACUACAGGAGCCAACACCUGCAGCUCCAGGUCGUCCCGGUGCCGCUGGACCGCUGCGCCACAGAGGACAUCAAGGAGGCGUUCAUGGUCCAGGCUCAGGAGCAGCAGAUGGAGCUGAUGGAGAUUCCUGAACACACCGAGCUCAAACAGAUUGCCCCUCCAGGGACACCGUACUUCUACGUGGAGUUGGACUCGGGGGAGAAACUCUUCUACCGCAUCCAGAAACAUUUUCCUCUGCAGUUCGGACGGGAGGUUCUGGCGAGCGAGGCGGUGCUGAACAUCCCGACCCGAGCCGACUGGAAGGAGUGUAAACAGAGCAGGGAGGAGGAGGAGGAGAGCUGCAAACAGCUGAGAGACGACUUCCAGCCGUACGACUUCGCCUGGGACGACUGACACACACACACACACACACACACACACACACACACACACACACACACACACACACACACACACACACACACACACUGUUGCUGGUGUUAAAGGAAUAGUUCAACAUUUUGGGAAACUCACUUUCUGACAGAUGUCUGUGGUAAAUCAGAGCCUCUGUUAGCAACUGCUUAGCUUAGCAUAAACACUGGAAACAGGUGGAAACAGCUAGCAUAGCUCUGUCUGAAGGUAACAGAAUCCACCUACCAGCAAAUCUAAACCUCACCAAGUAGCAUGCUAUAUUCUGAGCUUUUGCAGGUGAAUUUCUUUUACCUUUGUGCUAGCUGUUUAUGCUAAGCUAACUCCAGAUCCAUAUUUACUACACAGGCAUGAGUGGUGUUGAUCUUCUCAUCUAACUCUCGGUUUCCAAAAAUGUUGCACUGUUCCUUUAAAUUGGGUUUUUGGGUGUUUUAUACCAGUGUUUUUCUUUUUUUAUGAUGUUUCUCAGAUGUUUCUGGUGCAGUGACGGAGAGAGCUGAGUUUUAUAAUAAGAUCAUGACGGCCUCUGUUUAAAGUUUAAAAUAUUUUGGAUUUUUCAGUUUUUGUUUAUCAAAGUGAAAUAAUGGAAGUUCAUGAGAGAAGAACCCAGAACCUCACUGUUGAGUUUUUUAUUUUGUUCAUGAUAAACAGUGAUCAUGAGUUUGUGUGACACAUAAAAGGACAGAAGGAGAAAGGUGCUGGAUAAACUCCUUCACAAUAAAAGUAAAAAUCCACAGGCCGAGGCUCUAAAACACUUUUCUAAAUACGACACUGUAAAAACAUUUUCUAUCGUUUCUAUGGAGCUUUUUUUUGUUUUUUGUUUUAACUUCGACUCUGUGGAAAAAAGUUUUUAAAUGUUUUUCUUGUAUUUUGUAAAUUAACUAAAAUUAAACUCUUAUUUUGGGUUUCUGGCGUCAUGCUGGCCGUUAUUAUCAGUAACAGGUCUGAGGUUUUAUUCGUGACCUUGACAUGUCAAUCAGUUCCAGGUACAAGCUGGUCGCUAUGACGACUGUCCAGGUCUGUUGGAAUGAUGCUUCACACUCAACUGAGGUGGGUCCUGUGAUUAGCAUUAGCAUUAUAAGCUAAGUAUCUGGUCCUGUCUUGUCGAGGUGUCCAGUGUCUUUAUGAUGUUUGUUUAUAUCGUCGUCACAUGGAGAUUAAUUAUCCUAAA